CAUCUGUCAACCGUCAAAAUGCGAUAAAUGGAGAGAUGUCUCGUUUACUAAUUGUGUUAAUUUCGCACAUUUUCAACUCAAAAGUAAUGGAUUAGCUACUGAAAUAUGGGUGCAAAUAUUUCCCAAUUGGAACGAGAUAUAGGUUCAGAACAGUUUCCCUGUAACGAGCAUUACUUUGGAUUAGUUAAUUUUGGAAAUACAUGUUACAGCAAUUCAGUGCUACAAGCCCUAUAUUUUUGCAAACCGUUUAGGGAUAAGGUUUUAGAAUAUAAAGCAAAGAAUAAGAGGACUAAAGAGACAUUACUUACAUGCCUUGCAGACCUCUUUCACAGUAUAGCCACUCAGAAAAAGAAAGUGGGUUCUAUAGCACCAAAAAAAUUUAUAGCAAGGCUAAGAAAAGAAAAAGAGGAGUUUGACAACUACAUGCAGCAAGAUGCUCAUGAGUUUCUAAAUUUUCUUAUUAAUCAUAUUAGUGAAAUUAUACUGGCUGAGAGGCAGCAAAAUUCUACUACAAAUAAUGUGAAAUCAAAAGCUUCAGGCGAGAAUGGUACUGCCCAUAGUUCUCCGGAGCCUACGUGGGUGCAUGAGAUUUUUCAGGGUAUAUUGACCAGUGAGACGAGGUGUUUGAACUGCGAGAAUGUGAGCAGCAAGGACGAGGAUUUUUUCGAUCUGCAAGUAGACAUCGAACAGAACACUAGCAUAACGCAUUGUCUGAGGUGUUUCAGCAACACCGAAACCUUGUGUAGCGAUAAUAAAUUCAAAUGUGAUAACUGCAGCAGUUACCAGGAGGCGCAGAAGAGGAUGCGCGUCAAAAAACUACCCAUGAUACUUGCGCUGCACCUGAAGAGGUUCAAGUACAUGGAGCAGUACAAUAGGCAUAUUAAAGUUUCUCACAGAGUGGUCUUUCCUUUAGAACUUAGGCUAUUUAAUACGUCGGAUGAUGCACUGAAUCCAGAUAGACUUUAUGAUCUUGUAGCUGUUGUGAUACACUGUGGUAGCGGACCUAAUAGAGGACAUUAUAUAAGCAUCGUUAAGAGCCACGGAUUUUGGCUUUUAUUUGACGAUGACCAAGUCGAUAAAAUUGACGCUUCUACGAUAGAAGAUUUCUACGGCCUGACAGCCGAUACCCAAAAAUCGUCAGAGACCGGAUAUAUACUAUUCUACCAAAGCCGAGAAAGCUUAUGAACUCUAGUGCAACUCGCCUUAUUGGACGGGGAGGGCGUUUCCUCUCUCUCUCUCGAAGUACAAAUAGCCCCCUCCCUCUCUGUUAGAGCCUCCUCACUUUAUAAAGUUACGCAGGCCUGCGAUAAUAACGGUCUUAAUAAUUGUUUGAGAAUCCCAAGCGGUUGAUUCUGAGUAAUUUUGCCUGCCGAAUGAGACUGUGGCUUCAAAACACGAAAGAUUUAAUAUUGCAUUUUGAUUUUAUGCCCGAGGUAUUAUUUAUAGUAGUCUACUUUCCUGUGAUCAAGUUUUCCGAAGAUGAUGUAAGCUUCUAAUCAAGUCCUUGGGUUUAUUUAGGUUUAUUUUAUUCAUUUUUUUUUUAUUAAGUCAGCAUUAAGUGAUUAAGGUAAUACUGUCUACUUUAGUUCACAUCAUUUGGAACAAAAUUUUGUUUUAAUUUUAAAGAAAAUAAUAUUCUUCAUAUCAAAUUUUUUGAGUCUUAUACGAGGCUGAUAAAAAAUUUUUGCAAGAAUAAAGUGUCUUUUAUUUUUAAUUAUAUCGAAAAUUGUUGUAAAGAAAAGUUGAUUAGAAUUGAAAACUGCGUUCUGAUAUGCAAUUACAUGUAUCUACCAUCGAAAAUAAUAGUGGAUUUUAUUUGUUGCACUAGUGUCACACUCGACACUGUAUUCGAACUGUCAUACUUGUCAAAAGUAUAUGCUACAUGUGUGAUAAUGUUAAAUAUUUGAAGCUACACUGAACAAAUCAAAUGCGUUCAGUGCAGAAGACUUACACCUAGUGCAACAAAUAAAAUCCAUUAUUAGGUUUAAUUAUAUUUUACAGUUUUUGCUCCAAUACAGCCUUGAAUAUUUAACUCUUCUCUCUACAUUUUUUUAUAACGUUUGCAGUUUAAUGACAGAUCAAUAUGCACCCUAGAUUAAAUGUGUAAGGAAUAAUUUUCAAGGGAGCUGUAUAGAGAUGUGUAGAAAAUGAUUAAAUCUUAUUUUUUAAGGCAAAUGGAUGUAAUUGCAUAUUAAAACAUAGUUUUUAAUUCUAGUCAACUUUUCUUUGUAAUAAUUUUCGAUAUUAAAAAAAAGGUACUUUACUAUUGGACACAAUUAACAUUUUUAGACAAAUCUUGUCUACAACUAAAAAAAAAUGAUAUCUGGUGGUUGCAUUCUAGGUUUUAGACCAUACAGAACUUUUUAUAAAGACUAUAUUUUUUCAUAAAAUUAUUAAUAAAAAAAGUGUUCUCUGUACUGCGAACUUAAAUAGGCACACUGCAUAUUCACUAGCGCCUAGUCCCCGGGAGGACACUUUCGAUUCUCAUACGUGACAUGCUAUUUUGGUUAUUUUUAUUUGUGAAACUUAUAGUUAGAGAUUUUAGUUCAGUUAAUUUCAUUAUCCAUUUUUUUUUUUUUAAUUAGUUGUAUGGCUGUGGUAGUAGACCGUCAGAUAGUGACCGAUUUAGGUGCCCCAUUUUCGCAUACAAGCCUCGAAGAGGGU